CCCAUCAUGACUUGGGGGUUGGGACUCGAGAGGCAUCGUGCAACGUAUGGAGAGCCCAGGCCGUCUAAAAGAGUGGUUUAUCCAUUUCUGUUGGAUCUCGAUGUAUUACUUUGUUUCUUAUAUUCGCGAUCUCAACCUACACAUCGUCAAGUAUGGAAAGUGUCCCUUUUUCCCUCCGGUCUUGAAUUGAGUCUCCUUGAAAUACUGUAUCGUUAUCCUAGUUUCGUAGCUUUCAGUUUCAGUGCUUAGGAUUGGGUUGAGUUAACACAUUCCCUCCUUGCCCCCAGUUUCUCAACUUAGUCAAGCCAACAAUUUGACACUUCAUCUGUGAAGUCCUCUUUACCAUGAAUGGUGACUCCGAGGUCCGCACGGAGCCAUUUCCAGCUCCGUCAAGGAGAGCUACAGGAACAAUCAACGGGGUUGCAACGGAGGUCGAAUCGCUCAGUUUCUCGGACAAGAUCAUGAUUACAGUCUCGCAAGGCGGCCGCCUCGCCCAAUGGAUCCAGGUCCCCCUCUCAGCCCCCUCAUCGGCCUCCGUGGACAUGGCUUUACCCGGUGCCGGCCUGAGCGCACUUCCGUCAAACCAUUUGACUCCCAAAACGCUUGUUGGGGUUGGCGGAGAGGAACGGGAAACUCUAGGCCACCUUUAUGCGAGCCAGAUUGCCAGUCAUCUGGCCUUGCGCGACCCUAAUGAGCGAAGGACCCUACUCUUAGGGCUGGGCCUAGAAAAGGUUGAGGGUAAUGGCGAGGCGUUCUUUAAUUUGCUCGAGCUAGUACAGCAAGUUCUCUGAGGAGAGGAAUCUCAACCCGGGCGACUAGUUCGUUGGCGGAGUCCAGACGCACACCCGAGCACUCCAAGGCGCCACCGCCAUAAUGCUCAUCCGAGCUUCUAGUGAAUGAACGAGACAUAUUUCGUUACCAUGCUGCGCAUCAGUGUAGUUCCCCCCACAGCUGGUUAAGCACGAACAACAGCCUUCACUCCUCACACCCUUGAGCGAUCCGUGUUACCUGAUCGAGACGUGAGGAUAAGAGCAAAUUGAGGGCA